GCUUCCUGCCCCUGGGCUCCGCGGACCGCAGCGCCCACGUGGCGGAGACGCGGCUCGCGGCGGAGGCGAGGCUCCUCGCCGUCAAGACCCUGGAGCACCUGGCCCGGGCGAGCGCGGGCAGGGCCACGAUCCUCAGCGCGGGGGGCGUGGCCGCGCUGGUGGGCCUGCUCUUCGGCGACCCGCCCGAGGGCAGCAUGCAGAGCGCGGCACGGGAGCAGGCGGUGCUGGCGCUGCGCAACGUGGCCGGCAGCGGCCCCACGGGGCGGGAGCGGGUCAUCAAGGACGGCGGCCUGCCCCCCCUCGUCGAGCUGCUGUCUGGGGCCGCGCCCUCCUGCCGGAUCGCCGCGGCGGGCGCGCUGCAGGCCAUCGCUGGCAGCGCGCAGCACUCCAGCCUCGUGGUGGAGGCUGGCGCCCUACCCCCUCUGAUGGACCUCCUCAAGGCGAGCAAGGUGGAAUGUAGGACGCAGGCGGCUGCGGUGCUGCGCAGCCUUGCGUGCACGGACGGGAACCGCAACGCCAUCAUGGAGCUGGGUCCGUUGCCGCAGCUUGUCAAUAUGCUCUCCGACGAGACGGCCCAGGCGCAGGCCGAGGCGGCCGGGGCGCUGGCGGCGCUGGCGACCAUCGAGGAGCUGGUGCCCACGGUGGAGGAGCUGAGCAAGGAGGAGUUCACGCGCCCGCCGCACCCAGACACGCGGCAGAUCGUGGCCGCGGGGGCGGUGGAGCCCCUGGUGGCCCUGCUCUCGACCGGCAGCGCGGAGGGCCGCGGCAACGCGGCCGCGGCGCUGUGCCAGCUGACGGAGCUCUCCCGGAGCGGCAGGCGGCACCACGACGCGAUCGUGCAAGCAGGCGCGCUGACGCCGCUGGUGGUGCUGCUGGCCGACGCGCAGGAUGCGAGAAGCAGGGCCUGGGCAGCUGGCGCUCUGAGGCAUCUCGCCGCGAGCGUGGACGAACAGCAGAUCGAGCACUCGAUCCCCCCAACGCGGGGCAGCCGCGACGCGAUCAUGCAGACCAUUCGGUCAUAUUGCUUGUAG